AUGCAUUCCCUGCAGCGUCCCCGGCCAUCUCCUCCGGCCCGAUGCCGGCAUCCGGCUUCCGUGUUCCGGUCCCUGCGAGCGUCGGGACAUACGGGGGCUGGUACAGCGGCAAAUUUAAAUUUUAAAUGAAUUUGACAUAGUAAAACAUUACUGUAUCAAACCAUUUCACAUACAUUUUGUCCCUACUGCUUUGUCCUGUGCCCUGCCUGCAUUUUGACUGUUCUUUCUGCCUGGAAACUUAGAAAUGUCCAUGGCGUCCAAAAAGCGUCCCUUUUGGUCAAAAGCGGUUUUAGACCAGCUA